UUAGAGAAAGGUUUUUUUAUUUUAUUUGGCAAGGGGUUUUCUGUUUAUUUGUGCAAAAUGUUUUCUGUAGCAAGCAUAAUUGCACAUUUGUUUAGAAGAUGCAGAAUCGUACCUUCAGGUACUGUAGGGUGCUGUCAUGUUGAGGGACUGAUGACGGUUUGUAAUCAAACUGCGCUGUUGGAGAUGGUGAAGUCUGCUAUCCCUCCGUUGUCUACCAGCUACUACAAGGGACAGGCUGGGAGAGUCGGUGCCGUGGGUGGUUCAUUAGAAUACACUGGUGCACCAUACUUUGCUGCAAUAUCUGCUUUAAAAGUUGGUGCUGAUUUGUCUCAUGUGUUCUGCUCUUCAGAAGCAGCUGCAGCUAUCAAGUCCUACAGUCCCGAGUUGAUCGUCCACCCACUACUUGAUAAUCGUUCCAAUGAAUUUGAAUUUUGGUUGCCACGCCUUCAUUCUCUUGUUGUGGGACCAGGGCUUGGCAGGGAGGAUUCCAUUAUGAAUGUUGUUACAGAUAUAAUAACACAAGCAAAGAAGAGGAACCUACCUAUAGUGAUUGAUGCAGAUGGACUUUAUCUUGUCACAAAGCAGCCAGACAUUAUUGAAGGCUAUAAAAGAGCAAUACUCACUCCCAACAAAAUGGAAUUUAUUCGACUUUAUGAAAAGAUGUUUGGUAAAAAGCCAUCUCCAGAAGCAUCAGUUGUUGAAGUGAAGUCACUGUGUGAAAAACUCGGCAAUGUUACUAUCUGUCACAAAGGACAAAAUGACAUCAUUUCUGAUGGGAAAAAUGUGUUGGUGUGUUGUGAGGAAGGCAGUUUGAGACGAUGUGGCGGUCAGGGAGAUCUGCUGUCCGGCUCGAUGGGCAUCUUCACACACUGGACUCACCAGCUCGAUCAGCAGACCACUCACAAUGACCUGCUCAAGUCGUGUGGACCAUCUCUGUGUGCUGCAUACGCUGCUUGCCUUCUGACGCGCCGAUGCAGCAAACUGGCUUUUCAGCAACAUCGUCGCUCCAUGACAACAUCAGACAUGAUUGCUGUCAUACAACAAGCAUUUGAAGAACUGUACUUGUGA